GAAUCCGUCGUUUGGCGGCGUCGCCAUUUUGGACUUCGAAUCGUGGCGCCCCCUUUGGCGCCUGAAUUGGGGCUCGAAGAGGAUCUACAAAUCCGAAUCCGUCAAAUGGGUCAAACAACGCUAUCCACACAUCAGCACGAAAUCAGCACGCCGUAUGGCCACCCAACAAUUCAAUAAAGCCGCUUUGUACAGUGUUUUUCUGUUGAAUGUGGCGAUUUUUCAGAAUUUUUUUUUUUGA